UACAGAUCAUGCCUGAAACCACCGUGAAAGCGCCCAAGAAGGGCUCAAAGAAAGCCGUGUCUAAGAGCGUCAGCAAGAGCGGCAAGAAGAAGAGAAGGACCAGGAGGGAGAGCUACGCCAUCUACGUGUACAAGGUGUUGAAGCAGGUCCACCCCGACACCGGUAUCUCGUCCAAGGCCAUGGGCAUCAUGAACUCGUUUGUGAGCGACAUCUUUGAGCGCAUCGCCGGUGAGGCCUCCCGUCUGGCUCACUACAACAAGCGCUCCACCAUCACCUCCAGGGAGAUCCAGACCGCCGUCCGCCUGCUGCUGCCCGGUGAGCUGGCCAAGCACGCCGUGUCUGAGGGCACCAAGGCCGUCACCAAGUACACCAGCUCCAAGUAAACAGUCUUGUUGCCUCUGAGACUAAACCAACGGCUCUUUUAAGAGCCACCCACUUUAUCUGAAGAUCAGUUCUCUUGUAUUUAGUGUUUCUAUGUUAAUAAUGUAUUUACAAUGUAUGGCCAACUAUACACACAUGGUAAACGUGAAUUUCAAUCUAACGCUAUCUUUAGUCUAAUCCAGAUAAAUGUACUCUUUCGGAAAAAUCAGAAGUGAACUACAGUAAGGAGCUCAUGUUCUUUAUAUGUAACUAACAUUUGGUGUAUUGAAAGAUUGUAGUGAUUUAUCAUGUGAACAUUAACAUUACAUUUGGGUUUUGAGUCAUUUAGUGAUAGGUCCUAUUUUCUACACUUAAAAUUUCACUAUUUCAGAAACAAAUGUAUCCUUUCAUAAACAAUGAACAGUUUAUGUCUAUUCAGUUUUUUCCAGUAUCUUUCAGAGAAUUAAUUUCUUUGACUUGUGCUUUUCUCAAUGUUUUAACUCAAUUUAUGAAAAACCAUCUGAGAUAUGAGAUUAAUAUAACAUGGCCUUUACUGAUGUUUGAUGGAAUUAAGCUAACAGAUAUAAAGUGUAAUAAGACUAUUCACUGAUUUUAUUUUUUUUUUCAAAGAAAGCAUGAAACUGCACCAAGAGACAAGUUUUUUUCUGGAGGUCUAAAAUAAAGAAGAAACUGGAGAAGACCUCGGCUGUCACCAUAUUGCAUCUUAAACAUUUUAACCCUAACCUUGGGGAUAUGUAUUAUGAAAAUCCAGAUAAAAGGGCCCCUGAAUAUCAAAUUAAUUUUUAUAUAUUAAAUGAUUUUUUAAUAAUUUAAUUCAAUGAAUGUUAGUGAAUUUUUGCCUGUUCUCAUAGAAUCCAAGGUUCUUCUAAAGUCACUCAGGAUUCUUUUUGUUUGCUAAAAAACAAAGCUUUUGGAAAAUUGUGCAAUUGUUCUUGCAAUUGUCUUAACUUACUGUUAUUUAUACAUGUUCAAUAUACUUAUGCAACACUGUUAAACUUUUACUUUCUUAACAUGUAAUUUGACAUGUGCUGUUAUUAACUGCCUGAUGUUUUGUACAUGUUUCCUUCACAAAAAGACAUUUAAUAAAAAAGGCGGUUUAU